AUGGCGGAUAAAAUGAAAGACGCCCUCCACGAAGAGGCAGACAAUUUCAAAGCCGUUGCCCACGACGUCGCCGUGUCAGGCGCGUAUCUCUACCCGGUGAAAGGCAUUCUCUUCUUCUCCUACCACAAAGACCUCUGGCGCCCCUUUAUCUCUCGUGCCGUCCAGACCAUCGGUCUCGGCCUCGGCGUCACAACCGCCAUGUUCUUCUUCACGUACGUCCCGCAAGCAGCCAUCAUGACCUUCACCAGUGGCCCGCUGGCCCCGAUCUCCGCCGCUCUGCUCGUCCUCAGCGAAAGCUCGACCAUCACCAAUUUUCUCGCGCGCUCGUUUGUCCUCGCUGACGCGCUGACCGAUACCUUUGAUGGCACUCUCGUUGCACGCGGACACACGGAGCUGGUCGCGAAAGGGCGCCAGAUCAAUGCUUCUGGCGGUGGAGCGGUGUCGAGACUGGGGAGGGUGCUGAACCGGCCGCUGAAGCGGAUGAGGCCAUCGGCGCUGGUGAGGUCGCUGAUGCUGCUGCCGUUGAAUUUUAUUCCGGUUGUGGGGACGCUAUUGUAUGUGUAUAUGCAGGGGAAGAAGAAUGGGCCGGUGGCGCAUUUGAGGUAUUUUGAGUUGAAGGGGUGGGAUGAGCGGAAGAGAGAGGAGUGGGUGAAGAAGAAUCAGGGAGGGUAUACCGGAUUUGGGAUGGCUGCGUUUUUGUUUGAGAUGAUUCCGUUUGCCUCGUUGAUGUUCUCGUUCACGAAUGCGGUUGGUGCGGCGCUAUGGGCUACGGAUAUGGAAAAGGCGAUGCAGUAG